AGUUCAAAGUAUCAAAACAAAAAAAACGGCAAUCUACAAAAGAGUGAUACACUUGUUUGAUUCAAUCGCAUGACCAUGACAGGUUUUAUUCAUUGCUUUUUAUUACUUCAGCUGAAAACGUCCCAUAAAAAUUCAUUUAUUCAAAUAUACGAUCGUAUAUUUACUGUUUUAUAGUCGCAACUAAAAAAUAGUUACGUGUUAUGUAAAAUGUUAAAUGAUUUACAAACUAUUGCAAAAUAAAAUAUUAUUUUUAUCAUCCAUUUAUCAGAAGAUAAAAUUAGAAAUAUGGAUUCAAAAGUGGAUGUUGAACUGAAGAAAAACCCACGGGAGGGAAUAAACUUUUUGAGUGCUUUUACACUUUCGUGGGUAUUAAAAAUUUUCUGGAAUGGAUACAAACGAGAGUUGGAGAUCGAAGAUCUUCCUCAGCCGCUGAAGGAGCAUAAAAGUAGUUUACUGGGUGAUAAUUUAGCGGCAGCGUGGGAUAAAGAAGUACAGUUAUAUGAUACGAAUACAAAGCCAAAAAAGGAGCCAGGCAAAUCGGAAAGCAAUGUGAAAGUUAAACAUAAAAAAAGUAAAACUCCUAGCUUGCAGAGAGCUUUAACUAAAGUUUUUGGUGCACGCAUUGCUCUUUACGGAGUUGCGUUGGCUAUUCAGGAACUUGUUAUCCGAAUUCUUCAGCCCCUAGCGUUAGCCCAGCUGCUACGUUUUUUUACAACAUCAGACAUCAGCAAAACAGAAGCAUAUUUAUAUGCAAGUGGAGUGAUAUUUUGCUCAGCAGCCAAUGUAUUUGUACUACACCCAUCCUUGUUGGCAAUAUUUCACAUGGGAAUGAAGCUGCGAGUUGCAUGCUGUUCACUGAUUUACCGUAAGUCAUUGAAGAUAUCAAGAACAGCUGUAGGUGAGACGACAAUUGGCCAAGCAGUUAAUCUUUUAUCAAAUGAUGUAAACAGAUUUGACUUAACACCAGCUUUCAUCCAUUAUCUUUGGAUCAGUCCCGUUGAGACUGUUAUCGUCUCAUACUUGAUGUAUAAAGAAGUUGGUGUAGCUGCGAUAAUCGGAGUAGCGUCGUUGUUGAUGUUUAUACCUCUCCAGGGUUGGCUGGGCAAAAAAUCAUCUAUUUUACGAUUUAAGACGGCUAUACGUACUGAUGAGAGAGUACGGUUGACAAACGAAAUUAUUAGUGGUAUCCAAGCUAUAAAAAUGUAUGCGUGGGAACAUCCAUUCAGCAAUCUAAUUGAAAAAGCAAGGAAGAAAGAAAUGCGAAUGGUAAAAUAUGGAUCGUAUGUACGAGGCGUUAUGUUGUCCUUUAUGUUGUUUUCAUCUCGUUUGUCGCUUUUUAUCACAAUGCUGGCUUACGUGUUAGCGGGCAAUCAAAUAACCGCUGAAAAAAUAUAUAUGUUGACGGCUUACUACAGUAUUUUACGUCAAACUAUGACGGUAUUCUUCCCACAAGGUAUUACUACAGUGGCUGAAACUUUGGUAUCGAUAAAACGUCUUGAGACGUUUUUGAUGACCGAAGAAGUAGAAAGGAAUGAUAAAGCACGUAAAAAGAGUCAACCUAACAAUACUUAUUAUAAUGAUGAUAAUGAUAAGGAUUUGAAGGAUGAAAAAGCAGCAGAGCCACUACUUCCUCAGAUUGAAGGAUCUGUAACACUAGAUGAUGUACAUGCUAAGUGGUUGGAUUCAGAUAAUGAAGAAACAUUGAAAGGAAUUAAUUUGAAUAUUAAACCUGGUCAAUUAGUAGUUAUUAUCGGCCAAGUUGGUUCGGGUAAAACGAGUCUACUCAAUGCCAUUCUCAAAGAACUUCCAGCUCAUACAGGUACUGUUGAUGUGUGUGGUAAAAUUGCUUAUGCGAGUCAGGAACCCUGGCUGUUUGCUGGCUCAGUGCGUCAGAACAUACUUUUCGGACAACCAUGGGAUGCUAGAAAAUACGAUAAAGUGGUCAAAGUAUGCCAGCUGAAGCGAGAUUUCUCACUGUUUCCGUACGGCGACAAAACUAUCGUCGGCGAACGAGGGGUGAGUUUGUCUGGUGGACAGAGAGCUCGUAUCAAUUUAGCUCGAGCUGUUUACUCUGACGCACCGCUGUUCUUGCUGGACGAUCCACUGAGUGCAGUAGAUGCUCAUGUCGGAAAACACAUGUUCGAAGAGUGUAUCGAAAGGUACUUACACGGCAAAACAAGAAUACUUGUUACUCACCAGAUACAAUUUUUGAGUAACGUUGAGAAGAUAAUUGUGAUGAAGGACGGUGUUAUUAUUGCAGAAGGUAGUUACAAUAAAUUAGUUCAAAUGGGGGUCGACUUCGGCCGAUUACUGGAAUCACCACAAGAAGAAGAAGAAGCAGAAGAUACUCUGUCUCUGGGGAGGAGCCGAAAAAAUUCAAGGCAGGCAAGUGUUGCUUCGUUUAGUUCAUUCAUGACCAACGAAACUACAGGCCAGAUUCAAGCUGAACCCGAAGAAGUCGCUGAGAUGCGUACCAAAGGAUCUAUUAGAGGAUACGUUUACACUUCUUUUUUCAAAGCGGGUGGGAACGGCUGCGUAUUAUUCACUGUAUUUUUACUAACUGUAAGUGCUCAAUUAGCAGCUAGUGGUAGUGAUUACUUUGUGUCUUUUUGGGUUAAUCUAGAACAAGGCAAUAACAGUAAUUUUACCUUCAGUAAUUUAGUUCGUACUUCGAGUUCGACAUCUAAAUUAUCAGACCACGAUAGAAAUAUUUGUAUAUAUAUUUUUUCGGCACUGACAAUACUUAUCGUAGUGAUAACAUUCACGAGAUCGUUUGCAUUUUUCUCAAUGUGUGUACGAGCGUCAGAGCGUCUGCAUGACACAAUGUUCCGCAGUAUUAGUCGAGCUACAAUGAGAUUCUUCAACACAAAUACCUCAGGACGUGUACUGAACCGCUUUUCUCGAGACAUGGGUGCUAUUGAUGAAUCACUGCCCAUGACCAUGAUCGAUUGCAUACAAAUAGGCCUUACUCUCAUUGGUAUAGUUAUUAUUGUUGCGACCGCUAAUAUAUGGCUAUUAAUACCUACAAUUGUUAUUUUUUCCAUAUUCUACGGUAUGCGCAUUAUUUAUGUUUCAACAAGUCGUAGUGUAAAGCGACUGGAAGGUAUCACAAGAUCACCUGUUUUUAAUCAUCUCAGCGCGACGCUACAAGGUCUACCUACAAUACGUUCAUUCAACGCAGAAGAAGUGUUGACUAAAGAAUUUGAUAAUCAUCAGGACCUUCAUUCUACUGCCUGGUAUAUUUAUAUUGCAUCUUCACGAGCGUUUGGUUAUUGGCUGGAUGUUAUCUGCCUUAUCUACAUCAGCCUUGUGACUAUGAGCUUCCUAUUCAUGUCUACUGAAGAUGAUAAGAACUACGAAGGUGGUGAUGUCGGUUUAGCAAUCACUCAGAGCAUUGGAUUAACUGGAGUCUUCCAGUGGGGAAUGAGACAAGCUGCUGAGGUGGAGAAUCAAAUGACUUCAGUGGAGCGAGUGCUUGAAUAUACGAAUAUUGAGAGCGAACCUGCGCUUGAGAGUUUGCCAGAUAAAAAGCCUAAAGAUGACUGGCCACCUAGAGGUAAAGUUGAAUUCAAAAACGUUUACUUAUCUUAUUCGCCGCUAGAACCACCCGUACUCAAGAAUCUCAACUUUACUAUUGAACCGCGUGAAAAGAUAGGAAUUGUCGGACGCACUGGAGCUGGAAAAUCUUCUCUGAUAUCAGCUUUAUUCCGUCUUGCUGACAUUGAGGGAAACAUUGAGAUCGAUGGUAUAGAUACUGGUAAAAUUGGACUCCAUGAUUUCCGUGCCAAAAUAAGUAUAAUUCCUCAGGAACCGUUUUUGUUCUCCGGUACAUUAAGAAGAAAUCUUGAUCCUUUUCGAGAUUAUCCUGACAGUAUUUUAUGGUCAGCGCUGGAAGAUGUCGAAUUAAAAGAAAUGGGUCUAGAAAGUCAUGUUAAUGAAGGAGGUUCUAAUUUAAGUGUAGGCCAACGGCAAUUGGUAUGUCUUGCUCGUGCUAUUGUGAGAAAUAAUAAAAUUCUUGUACUCGAUGAAGCGACAGCCAAUGUUGAUCCACGGACAGAUGAGUUUAUUCAGAAGACUAUUAGACGUAAAUUUGCCGAUUGUACAGUACUUACAAUUGCUCAUCGACUCAAUACUGUCAUGGACAGUGACAGAAUAUUAGUUAUGGACGCUGGCUCAGUUGUGGAAUUUGACCAUCCUUACAUUCUACUUGGAAACGAAAGUGGAUAUUUAUCGAAAAUGGUUAACGAGACCGGUGCAAUGAUGAAAGAAACAUUGAAAAAUGUUGCCCAGCAGAAUUAUGAAUUCUACAACUCACAAAAAUAGAAGUGAAUUAUUUUGUAAAUCAAUAUUCUUAAAUUAAUACGAACCAGGUAGUUCUUAUUUAUAAUCUUAGAAGUAAUAGAAUUUUAUUGUAUACAUUUAAGCUAACAAUACUUAAUAAGGUAUAAGUCUCUAAACUGAACUUGCCUUAGAGAAAUUAAGUGUACUUGAUAUCUUUAUAAAUAUAAAAAAUAUAGCUAUA